UAUCUGAUGGCCCUGGUUUAACUCGCUCAUCUGACCCAACUUCAGAGGAUGUCCGGUUGGAAGCUUCAGCCUACAAGGAGACUAUGCUGCUGUUGGAAGAGCUUAGCGUGGUUCAUACGGGUUCUGCUACUUUGUUGAAAAUGCAAAACAUACUUCUUGAAUAUGAACGGAGAAUAGAACGUCAGAAAAAUCGGUAUAAAGCGCUCUCAAGAGAAGUAAGGAAAUUGGAAGAUGAAAGGGAGGAGUCACAGUUCAGAGCGGAGAAGACUCAAGAUUUGAAAUCCGUGUCGGCUCACCAAGAAGCGGAAUGGAAAAGGGGUAUCCAAAGCCUUAGAUCUUCUUUGAAACAAGAAGAAGAAAAGAGGCUCAGAGUAGAAGUGCUGUGUGAGAAAAGGAGAGAAGACCUCCGAAGGAAAGAAGAUCAAUGUUGUAAAGAGAUGGAGGAGAAACAGAAACUUGAGUUACAGUCUAGGAAUUUAGAAAUGGAGUUAAGAACACUGAGAAAGCUCUUGAAACAGGUUGAAGAGGAACGUGAUGAAACACAGAGACAGCGCUCUCAGGAAAAGAGGGCCAGAGCCCUUCAAGAAGGAAUUUUGAACAACCACCUUGGGAGACAAAAGGAACUAGAAGAAGAGACAAGAAGAUCUAUCGGAAAAAAUUCAGAGGAAUCCCGCACUGAUAGAGAAGAGGAUCUGUUGUACAAGAAUCAGUUACUACAAGAUGAGAUUGCUAUGCUAAGGCUAGAACUCACUCAAGUAAGACUUAGGCACCAGGAGGAACAAGGAAAAUAUUUAAAGGAAAAUGAGACCUUGAAAGAAAAAAAUGAAGCUCUCAAAAAGGAACUUAAACUGCACAAGGAAGCAUUAAGACAAAUGUUUUUUCAGUUCAACGCGGAGCUGGACUUAGUAAAGAGAGAAUCUGCAGUGCUGACUUCCAAACUUGAGCAGACAAACAAAAGCAAAGACAGACUAGAGACAGAAAUUGAGUCAUUGCGUUCCUCCCUGAACGCUGCAGUUCAAGAACUUGAACUUCAUUUGUCAUCAGAAAGCAAUGCUGAACGAAGAUUUCCCAGAGAACGUGAUGAAUGCCUUUGCUUGCAAGUCGAGCUCCAUCGUGACCUCUCUGACGUGCAAGAAACCAACAAGAGCUUGUCUCUGCAGCUGUGUAAAGCUAAAAGCAAAGCUAAUAGGCUAGAAAAUGAGCUUCACCAGUUGAAGCAAAUGCUCGGAGAAAAAGCUUUGCUUUUAGAAAUGACAAAAAAGAAUUAAGUCAAGGCCAGUGUCGGGCAAAGGAAUGUGAUCGUGCUCGACAACUUGAGAAAGAUCCAGUAAGCAAACUUGUAAUAAAACAGGAGUCCCUGCAGGAGCGAUUGGCCCAGCUCCAGAGUGAAAACCUUUUUACUCCAUCAGCAAUGGGAAGAGAUGCAGAACAAGAGGAUCAUGAAAGAAAAAAUAGCGGAUUAUGGGCAGGAGCGUUUUAAAGACAUUUUCAACAAACUUAGAGCUGAUACAGAAAAGCAAGUUUAUCUAAUAGAAGAGCGAAACAAGGAUUUAAAUGCCAAGCGUACUGAUUUAAGGGAACAAGUCUUUAAAUACGAGACUGACGUAGUAGAAAGACAGGGCAUGUUUGGACAACUGCAGCAGGAGCUUGCUGCUGCACUUAAAAAGCAAUCUAUGCCAGAAGCUUCACUUGAAGUUACUACACGCUACCACAGUGACCUGGAGAGAGACAAGCUGCGCUUGCAAAAGGAGUUGGAAAAAACGGUGAAAACUAAGACGCAGAAGCAGAACAUGCUGGCUCUGACAUCCAAGGACUUGCACAGCACGUGGGAGGAGCACUUGAAGUCAAGAUCCCACCUUGAAGAGCGCGUUGCUCAGCUGGACGAGGAGAAGGCUGAACUGUUGCAACAGAGGGAAAAUGGAAGUACAAAGUCAAAACAGCUGCCAGCUCUCCUCUGGUGUGGCUGAGAAAACACCAAGAGGAGGAAAACCAGCAUGUGGCUAAGUAAAUGGCCACACAGAAGAGGUGGAGGUAAUGGCCGAGGGGAAUAAAAUGUUGAAGAACUCCAAAAGAUCAGAUUCCUCCACAAGCCCCUGCCUGCUGGUUGCUGGAAGAUCCCAUGAAAGCUUUGGAUGGAUCCAUGUUCUCCCAUGAAGUGCAUACCUACGUAAUCCCUACUAUGAGCAGAGGCACUGCCAAAAGUGUUCUCCAGCAUCUUUUCCACCUGUUAUGUCUAGAAGAGGAUGGCCUUUGCUUCAGCGAGGGCAUCUGUUUCUGUAGUUACGUAUUGGUCUGUUUGAUGUGAAACCUGAAGGGAUGGAAUAUCCUCAGGAAUUCCGUCCCGUGGCAUUCUGUGGAACGUGGCUAACGGAUAGAGACGUCCGGCAGCUUCUCUGUGGAGAGCGCUAGAUGCACAGACUGUACGUAGGUAUUUUUCCUGUGCUCUGUUUGUGUGAUACACUUUCAAAAGAGAAAAGAAAGAUGUGAGAGUGAAAGAAAGGAAGUGAAGAAGCUGGUAGAGUUGAAACGCCCAGCUGAACUACGUCUGGCCCAAGAAAUGAAAAGAAACCUCGAUCUGCAGAAAGACUGUAAGAGGGACGGCUUUUUAGCAUGGUGAAGAGGUAUCCCUGCGUAGAAGUCAUGUUUUAUUAAACUUUAGUGUAAAAAUAGGUGUACCUAACUGUGAGCAGAUGCCGGCCUCGUGUUAGUUCUUGCAAGGUACUUCUGUACACCAGCCCCUAGUUUUCAC